AUGGACCACCCUUUCCUUGGUGCCUCACCAAGCCCGUCUGUGCCCCUCCCGGUGAUUCCCGUGCUCCCGUCUCCUCUGCCAUGGUACCCCCGACGCCCUGCCACUCCGAUCGCAGUUGACCUCCACGAUGUCCCCCACUCCCACUCCAGUGUGUCCCGCUUUCGUACCCCUCCGUGUCCUCCCCGCGGUGUGCACUCCCUGAGCUAUGUCCUGACGUCCCCCAGCACGUCUCUCCUGUCUCCCCUUCUUAGCUCUUUGCGCCCCUGUGCACCCUGCCCUGUUGCCCCCCCCCCCCCCCCCCCGGUCUCCCCCGAUGUUCCCCCGCUGUGUUCCCUCCUCAGGCCCCCCCGCCGGGACUGGCGCUCGCUGCUGCCGGACCUGGAGCAGAUGGUGCCGUGGCCUCGCGGGGAGGGCCGGGGUCGCCGCACCCAGGCACAGGUGCUUGAGAGCGUUCUGGGGUACAUCCAGUACCUGCAGAGGACCCUGAGCAUCCUCCAGGGUGGGGCAGGCUGCUCCGGUGGCGGUGGCAGCACAGAGGUGGGACUGAGUGCUGAGGCCACAGAGGGGCAGCAGCUGGUGCCGUACGAGGAGGAAGAGGAGGAGCUGGGAGAGGGCUGCAGCCCCUGGCUGGGCCCUACCGGGCCCUACUGGGAGGCGGUGGGCUGGGAAGGUGCGGUGCCCCUGUCCCCUCCCACGCAGCAGGAGGGACUGCUGGGGCUCAGCCCCUCCCUGCUGGCCUCGCCGCCCCCCCCGGGACCCCCUGAUGAAGUGAUACGAGGUGGGUUUGGGGGACCGGCGGGAGGGGGCUGGACAGUGUCUCUGUGUCCCCCCUGCUCAGGGUCACUGUGUGUCCCCAGCCCUCUUCGCAGACAUCUAUCUCAGCCCGCAGGCCCCGGCCGUGGCACCGCAUGAGGCAGCGGCGGAUGGCAGCGCGGUGCCCCCCCGGGUGGCCGUGGGGAUGGGAGGGACACCGCAGGGACCGCGGGGACGGGGACAGGGUGCGCCCCCUCGCCAAAAGAAGAAGUGCGUGAACGGGUUCAUCAUGUUCUGCUGCAUGAAUCGGAAACCCUACAUGAGCCUGCGGGCCCGGCGCUUCAACCGUCUGCACGACCGUAUGAUGCGGCCGGAGAGGGACGGAGAUGGUGACAAGGAUGAUGAUGGUGACACUUACACCCCCGUGCCCCUCCAGCUGCUGCUGGCCACUCGUGCUGGCACUCCUGGGGGGGGCCUUCUGCCACCCUAAUGUUCCCUUCAAUCCCCACCUCUGUUCUUGACCCCGACCCUGUUCUUGUCUUCAUUCUUUUUCUUUGUCCUUGUCUCCUCCUUUGUACCCGUCCCUGUCUCUACACUUUUGUACCCCCCACUGUCCCCUUCCCCGCUGCUUUUUUGUCUCCUCCUUUGUACCCGUCCCUCUCUCUACACUUUUGUACCCCCCACUGUCCCCAUCCCCGCUGCUUUUUUGUCUCCUCCUUUGUACCCGUCCCUCUCUAUAUACUUUUG